AUGGAGAAAAAAAUAGAACCUAUUAACAUCGCCUUGAACUCAUCAUUAAGUCAACAAAUUCUAGAAAAUCGUUUAAGGUUAGCGCCCAUAAUAGAAACUAUAAUUUUUUGCGGCCGACAAGGUCUUGCACUUAGGGGGCACAGGGAUUUCGGAAAUUUUCAGUUGGAGGAUCCUGACGAAAAUGAUGGAAAUUUUCGAGCUCUUUUGAGAUACAAAGCCAUGGGUGGAGACGAAACACUUAAACAUCAUCUAGAAAAUUCUUCAAAAAAUGCAAGAUACUUAAGUCCCACCAUUCAGAAUGAAGUGAUAAAUGUGUGCAAUAAAUUAAUUGUUCAAAAGAUUGUUGCGAAAAUUACUUCUGUUAAAUUGUUUUCUGUCUUAGCCGAUGAAACUAGUGAUAUAGCUGGUAUGGAGCAAUUUUCGUUGUGUGUUCGCUACUAUGAUAACGACAUAAAGAAAAUAAGGGAGGAUUUCCUACAGUGUGUAGGUGUAACUGAUCUAACAGGCAAAGGACUUGCAAAUGUUUUAAUGGACACUCUAGCAAAUUUACACAUAGACGGUAAUUUUAUGAUAGGUCAAGGAUAUGAUGGAGCCGCUGCAAUGAGUGGUCGACUUCAUGGGGCGCAACAAUAUGUUGCUGAGAAAUUUGAUUUGGCUAUUUACGUGCAUUGCGCAUCUCACAGUCUAAACCUAGCACUUUCUGAUGCCUGCGAACUACCAGCU